UCUCCAAAGCUCAAAAUGCUCUGUUCUGCCUUGUGAUGUCAUGGAGUGGCAGUUUUUAAAUUAACAGCUCCUUUUACCUUUAUUUCAGUAGAGAUUGGCAAUUCCAGGGCUGAAAUUAUCCAGAUGAUUCUAGUGAAGGUGUGUCGAGUUUGAAAACACAGUGGAGCACUUCCUGUAUUACCCCAUGACAUCACAAGGUGUAACAGAGUGUUUUCAGUUUGAGAGAAGUGCUAAAUAUGCAGGAUUUGAUUGUUAAACGUGUGUGUCUGUGUGUGUGUGAAAAACAAAACCACAACUGCACCUUUAUUUCCACUAGAUAAGCAAGAAAUAUAUCCAGGUACAUAAGCAUUUGACCAACACUGAUCUCUGAUUUCAUAACUGUUUGUCUCCAUGGUGAUACUGUGGAUGGUUCCAGAACGGAUCCUCCACCAGAAAAGUUCCAAGGUGCAGCUUUAAGUAUAGAAGUCAAAUCUGUUUUUUUGUUGUGCGUGUGUCCUCAGCGGCAGGAAGUGAGCGGAGCCAGAGCCCGUGGAGGAGAAGAUGCAAAACGACGAGACUGUCCUAAAGCUGAGAGAGUAUAUGAGAAGAAAGAGAGGAAAAGAAAAGGGAGAGACAGAAGAGGGGAAAAGAAGACAGAGAAGAGAGAGGGAAGGGGCCAGAGCCUGUGGAGAAGACGAUUCAAAACAACAAGACUGUCCUAAAGCUGAGAGAGAGAAGAGAGACCUGAAGAGGGGGUAAAGAAGAGAGGGAGGGAGCCAGAAGAGGGGGAAAGAAGAGAGGGAGGGAGCCAGAGUUUGUGUGGAGGAGAGGAUUCAAAAGAACAAGACUGUCCUAAAGAUGAGAACAUUUAUGAGAGAAAGAGAGAGAAGAGGGGAAAAGAAGAAAAGAGAAGAUGGAGAGAGACAGAAGAAGGGGAAAGAAGAGAAAGGGGGAAAGAAGUACGAGAGGGAGAGACAAGAGGGGGAAAGAAGAGAAAGAGAGAGAAGCAAGGGAAAGAAGUGAGAGAGGGAGAGGCAGAAGAGGCGCAAAGAACUGGAAGAGACAGAAGAGGGGAAAAGAAUGGAGAGAGAAGAGGGGGAAGAAGAGAAAGACAGAAGAAGGGGAAAGAAUGGAGAAAGAAGCGGAGGAAAGAGGAGAAAGACAGAAGAAGGGUAAAGAAUGGAGAGAAGAGGGGAAGAAGAGAAAGACACAAGAGGGGGAAAGAACGGAGAGAGAAGAGGGGAAAGGAGACAAGAGUAUAGGGCAUACAGAGGGGAGAGGAAAAAAGUAGAUAAGAGUAGAAGAAGCUGCGUGUGAGUGUCAGAGAAGAAAGGGUGAGAGGAUACAAGAAGAGUACAGGAGAGAAGAGGUGUUUAUGAAUGAGAGAGGAGGAGGAGACAGAGGGGGAGGGAGAGAAAAAUAGAGCGCAGGAGAGAGGAAGACGGUGUACGAAAGAGAGAGACGAGAGGAGUGAGGGGAGAGGAGGCCCCGAUAUGGACAGCUGUGUGGCUCUGCUGGGUCUGCUCCUGUUUGCAGGUGGUGGCGCUGCAGAGCGGUUCGAGGUUCUCAUACCCGGGGACAUCAUGAUCGGAGGCAUUUUCCCUCUGCAUGAAGACGUCCAGAAAAUCACGUCCUUCUCCCCCACUGUCCCACAGUGUGUCAGAUUUCUGGACCGUGGCGUGGUCCGUGCGUUGGCGAUGGUGGACGCGGUGCAGAGGGCGAACGCGGCUCCUCUUUUGGCCAACGCGAACCUGACCCUGGGUGUGUGGAUCAGGGACUCGUGCUCCGACGUGGGCACAGCGCUCAGGGCCACCGAGGAGUUCACCCGAGACGAGACGCACUGUGCUAACACUACUGAUAAUACUACUACCACAAAUACUACUGCUGUGAAUACUUCUGCUGUGAAUACUUCUACUGUGAAUACUACUACUGCAAAAACUACUACUGCUAAUCCUACUACUGUGAAUACUUCUACUGCGAAUACUACUGACACAGUGAGGAGGCCCAUCAUGGCCCUAAUUGGAGCCACUCAGUCAGAAACGUCCAUCGCCAUCGCCAGACAGCUCACGCUCAGAAUGAUCCCACAGAUCAGCUACUCCUCCACCGCUUCCAUUCUGAGCGACAAGACCCGUUUUCCCGCCUUUCUGCGGACCAUCCCAAACGACGAGCACCAGACGGGGGCGAUGGUGAGCCUCCUCUCGUCCUUUCGCUGGAGCUGGGUGGGAGUGGUCACCAUGGACGGAGACUACGGACGCUCGGCUCUCGACAACUUCCUCUGGCAAAGCGCCGACGAGCAAAUCUGUGUCGCCUUUAAAUCCAUCAUCCCGGGAUCGACCAGCAACCAAAACAUCUACGCGGCCAUUCGACAAACUGCUUUAACCAUCUACAAUAAUCCGAAAGUAAAAGUGAUCGUUUCUUUCGCCAAACCGACCAUAAUGCAGUUUCUUUUCGAGGAGUUGAAGAGGCAGACUUUAGCGGCGGGCGACAGCGUGGAAACAAUGAGACGAGUUUGGAUCGCGAGUGACAGCUGGUCUUCGAUGGACCUUAAAAACGUGGAAGAGGUCGGACACGUGGUGGGAUUUCACUUCAAAAGGGGAAACAUGGAGCACUUCCUCAACUUCCUGUCCAGAGAGGAAGUGUCUGGGCAGGGGGAAGGCGCAGAGAGCAAUCCAGAUCUGAAGAGGUUUUACAGCAUGAUAAAUGCGGAAAAAGGUGAGGGGAGGAGCCUGAGGCCAGAGAUUCACGCAGACGCCGUGUUCACUGUGCAGAUGGCCGUGCUCGCCAUCGUUCAUGCUGCCAUGAAAAUGUGUCACCACAACGACUGCAAAACCCCAGGAGCUGUACAACCCUGGCAGCUGCUUGAAGCCUUGUGGAUGGAGGAGUUUGAGCUGGAGGGGACUCGGUACAGAUUUGACCAGAGAGGAGACAUCAAUCUGGGUUACGAUGUGAGCGUGUGGAGGUUCCAGGCUGAAGUUACCAUCCAUGAGACAGUGGCCGAGUAUCAACCCCAAAAUCACAGCUUCAUCUACACCAGAGGGGGCGCCGUCAACCCCCUCACAGCUCUGAAGGACAUAGUGUCCAGAUGUUCCAACAGCUGCACUCCAGGUCAAUUUAAGAAGUCGGCUGAAGGACAACACACCUGCUGCUACGAGUGCAUCAACUGUACGGAGAACUACUACUCCAACAGCACCGAUAUGGACCAGUGUUUGAGCUGCAACACUGACCGCGAGUGGGCACCAGAGGGCAGCGCGGCCUGCAUCGCCAAAGAAAUGCUCUUCUUCAGCUGGAACAACGGCUUCGCCAUCGUCCUGGUCUCGUUCUGCGCUCUGGGAAUCGUUCUCGCGCUCCUCAUGUCCGCGCUGUUCUUCCACCGACGCGAAACUCCGGUGGUGCGUGCCUCCGGGGGACCCCUGAGCCAAGUCAUCCUCUACUCCCUCAUCAUCAGCUUCGUCAGCGCCUUGUUAUUCGUCGGCCAGCCCUCCAGCCUGCAGUGCAAAGCCAGACAAGUCAUUUACGGGAUAAGCUUCACAAUUUGCGUCGCUUGUAUCCUCGUAAAAACCCUUCAGAUCCUGCUCGCGUUCCAGUUCAACCCGGCGCUGCAAGACGUGCUUCGCAAACUCUACCAGCCGUACGUCAUCGUCAGUGUUUGCGCCGCGCUGCAGGUCGCCACGUGCAUCUGCUGGCUCGUUUUAAAAAGCCCGUUCAGUUACGUCAUCAACCAAAACACCACGCUGAUCCUAGACUGUCACGAAGGGUCGUACAUCGCCUUUGGAGUCAUGCUCGGCUACAUCGCGCUGCUGGCUUUCAUUUGCUUCGUGUGCGCGUUCAAAUGUCGCAAACUCCCUCAGCAGUACAACGAAGCCAGGUUCAUCACGUUCAGCAUGCUGCUCUAUCUCAUUUCCUGGCUGCUUUUCAUUCCCAUUUACGUCACAACUUCCGGAGUAUACCUGCCCGCCGUGGAGAUGGUCGUGAUCCUGAUCUCCAACUAUGGAAUACUUAGCUGCCACUUUUUCCCCAAAUGUUACGUGAUUCUGUUCAAAAAGGAUAAAAACACACACAGCGCCUUCAGGAAGUCGAUUUACGAGUACACGAGUAAAAGCGUCAUGUCGUUUUCGACUUCGGAGAGUCCAGGAAGCGGAGUCGGGUCGGAUGUGUCGAUUGAAGAAAUGAAAGAUGUUAAAGUUUCAGUUUUGAGUCAGGACUUGAAACAGAGGAGGUGUCUAAGACGAAGCUCGAGUAUAUAAUUUAAAAGUUUUGCUGAAGACAUUUUGUGCUUGUGUCUGCUCUGUUAUGAUCAUCUAUGGCACCCGUAGAUCUGCGAGUGCAUUUACGUGUGCACGAGUGUCCCGGUUAUGAUCGUGUUUUUUGAGUAUCCUGGUUUUGUGAGUGUCCAUGUAGACGCAGUAUCCUGAUUUCAGAAUCCUGGAUGAGAUAGUAUCCUGGAGAUGAGAAAGCAGGUGACUCUCACUGGGUUUUUCAGAGAGUAUCCAGGAUACUAUUCAUCUGAUUCAUGCGCCAGUUUCAGUUUGUGGAAACCGUCUGACCUCGCAGCAUUAGGAUUUGUUUGCUCGAUGGUAGGCGGGUACUUUUUUAUGUAGCCAAUCGCUGCUAUUUGGUCGUGACGUACGAACUUUUCCCGAAUUCUGUAGGAAGAAGGACAAUAACAUUUUUCCCUGUGAUAAAACUCAACUCUUUCUGGCUUUAAAUCCUCGAUCUCAGGAAUCGUUGCCAACACUGAAUGUCUGACUCUUCGCUGAUUGGCUGGUGCCCAAACUCGCACUUCUGGGGUUUUUGCAAACCGUCUAUUGUAUUCUGAUUCCUGGAAAGAAUUGAAAUUGAGCGGAGGCACUAGGUGGCACCAGCCUGACUAUCUAAGUACAACUUCAAGAGAGUAAAUGAGAAGGAGAAACAACUAUAACAUGUUUAAAAGCUCUGAAAAGUGGAUUUUGCAGAAUAGGUCUGCUUUAUAAAUCACACUCCAUAGCACUUUGAGAGUUCUGGUUAUAGUUCAGCCUGGAGUGUGUGAAUAUUAGGGACGGGACAACAUAAGACUGCCACAAGAUCGUGCACACAAGAGAAUAAAGUAACGUAAAUUACGUGUUACAUCUCUUUAACAGUUCCAAAAAGCAGUGCUAGAAUGGAAACAAAAAUAUGAAACCAAAUAAAUAAAAAAAUGGCGAUGCCAAAACUGGAAACCGAGCUGUGAAAUGUAUAUAUUAGGAAUUAUGUUAAAAUCUCGUCUUGUCUCGUUCUCGUCUCGUAUCUCGUCUUGUCUCGUGGAAACUGUGUCUAUCCUGUCCCUAGUGAAUAUGAACGUCUUAUAUACUGUAUUUGGGCGAUUAACGAUAAUAAUAAUCAGAAUUUUUGCAGAAUUUUGCAGUCCAAAAUGUGCUUAAACGUGCCUAAAUGUCUCAGUCGCGGUUCAGCUUCGAGUAAAAGCACUGUAAAAUGUGAAGAAAUGUCAUUUUAAUUGGAAGAAUAGACUCGUUUUCACAAGUUUUUGUGAUUAUUUUUUGACUAUUUUUGUAUUUUUAUUAUUUUUGAUGAAGUUAAAGGCGCUGUACUUCAUUUUUUUUACUGUCUUAUUCUUUACUUACCUUACCAUCAACUACUAAUCUCUAAAUUUCUGAUAACCAAACAUUAAAAGGCUUUGUAAUUACAUGCAGACAGUACACAGCAGACUUAUUUUAACCUCAGGAGCUGUUUUUACUCUACAUCUGUACUGGCGCAAAGCAAGUUUUUCUCUAAUAUAUGAGAAAAAUCAGGUACGAGGCCUUUAACGUUCUGUUUUUGCUUCUGAUGAAAACGACAGUGUUAUAAAAUGAUCCUGUAGACGUUUAAAAUAAAGCACUAAUAUUUGUAUGAAGGAGCUGUUUGCGAGGUCGUACUGUGAUGGAUUGGGACUGGUGCAAUAUUUUUACAAUUUAAAAAAUAAAUCUUGAUUGAUUUUGA